AUGUUGGGCCUUCCUGAGAAUCCAAUUUUGUCUGCUGUCAGCUGUGCCAGCCCAUUGAGAGUUGGACGUAGCUGCAGAGACAUACAACAAAAAUAUAAUGUUCAUGAGGAUGGUUUGUACAACCUCACUACGGCCACUGGACUGGUGUACCAGGCCUACUGUGACAUGACCACAGCAGGCGGUGGAUGGACACUGGUAGCCAGUGUGCAUGAGAACAACAUUCAUGGGAAGUGCACUGUAGGUGACCGAUGGACAAGCGAGCACGGUAGCAAUCGCAACCGCCCUGCUGGAGAGGGCAACUGGAACAACCAGAAUACCUUUGGAACUGCAGAGCGUGCCACUUAUGAUGACUACAAGAACCCUGGCUACUAUGACAUCAUAGCUGAGGAUGUGUCCGUCUGGCAUGUUCCCAACAAUACUCCACCAAAGAGCUGGACCGGUGCUUCCUUCCUGAGAUACCACACAGAGACACACAUUCUUACAAGCAAUGGAGGAAACCUACACCAACUUUUCACGCGUUAUCCUCCGAUAUAUAACAUUGGACGGUGCAGGAGGAACAAUAAUGGACCAACCAGUCCCGUGGUGUAUGAUCUUGGCAGUGCUUACUCCACAAACAUGUUAUAUGGCCCAAGGUCUAGAAGGGAAUUCAUUCCUGGCUUCAUCGCCUUCAGUGUUUUCAACUUGGAAAGGGCAGCAAUGGCCAUGUGCUCUGGAGUGAAACCCAAUAAUGGCUGCCAGACUGAUGCUUACUGCAUUGGAGGUGGAGGACACUUCCCUGAACGCGCUCCUCGCCAAUGUGGAGACUUUGUCUCCUUUGCUUGGGAUGGUUAUGGAACACACAGGGGAUGGAGUGUAUCCAGGCAGAUGCUUGAGGCCGCAGUGCUCAUCUUCUACCGCUGACCUGAUGAUGGCGCCUGAAGGCCUAAAGGCCUUUGCUUUGUGUCAGUGUCUGCACUUGCAAAUGGGAAGUCGCAUGUCUACGACACUGAUUUUAAGCCUCCUUCACUGAUGUCUGCUUGACUAUAUGAUAUGAUAUAAUAAUUGUUCACUUCUAGUUCUGCUGCAUUGUGUUUGUUCCACUGCUGCAGUCUUUUAGUGAUCUUAUGUGGUUCUCUUCUCUUUGCACUGUUACGCUUUUAUGGGACGCUUUGUUUGCUUUGUUUGCUUAAUUCUGUGAGU